AUGAAGAAUGGAAGAUCUGGUGGAGACGAUGGAAUCAGCGCAGAAAUGCUGAAAUCUAUUCCUCCACCUGGGAUUCGUAAACUAGUGAAGAUUACAGUGAUCGAAAUCUGGAAGCGGUAUUCGAAGCAAAUGCAAUUAGCCUUCCUAGACUUUGAAGCCGCUUUCGAAUCUCCUUAUCGAGGCUGUCCUCACAACAUGCUUCGCGCAGAUGGAGUACCAGGCAAAGGGGAUGGCGAGAAAAAUGAAGAAGAACACAAGGAGGAUAGUGUUAUGAAGAUCAAGGAUAAGGAGAGGAAAAUCGUAGCGAUAAGGGAACAUGCAAAACUUCAACUAACCUCUCCAUCUAAACCAGUAAGAAUCAAGUCCUAA